UCUGCCUAGGGUUUCAGUCAAUCGGUCGGCCCCGAAAUCCCCAAAAUGGAGUCGCCGCCGCCCAAGUUCAUCGCCGGUCAAGAUCACGACGACAGAAUCAGCGCGCUCCCCGACCACCUCCUCCUCGACGUCCUCGAGCGCCUCGACCUGCGCGAGGCCGUCCGCGCCGGCGCACUCUCCACGCGCUGGCGGCGCCUCCCCAACCACCUCUCGCGCGUGCACCUCGACGUCCCUCGAUUCCAAGGCGCCACGCCGCUCGAGGCCAUGGACGCGUUCACGGGCGCGGCACGGGCGCUGCUGACUCUGGUUCCUCUGGCCGAGGGGGAGUGCGUCCGUGGUGCCCUCAGGGUCCUCAUCCUCGGCUUCUACAUGUCUUCCCCUCACCUGAGCUCCAUAGCCCGCCUCGUCGAGGACAUUGUUAGCUUGGGCCAGACCGAAUGCCUUGAGUUUUGCAUAUCCCCACUGCCCGUGAGCAACACCGCCUCGCUGCUGGCUGAGAUUGGGCAGCAGUUCAUGUCCUUCUCCCGUGCCUACCCGGUCGCCUUCUCGUGGCUCACCGGGCUUACACUCCAGCACCAUUCGCUUGGGCAUUCCGAUCUCACCAACCUCAUUAGCGCUUGCGGUGGGCUUAGGCACCUCACCCUCAGAAUCUGCAGGUUGUUAGAGGACUCCUCGCUCAAGAUCGAUGCACAUCAUUCUGGGAUCCAGGAGCUCAAGUUCGUAUGCUUUAGAUGCACACGGAUCGAGCUCGUCUCUCUCCCGAAGCUUAGGGAACUACAGUGCCUAUAUUGGCCCUACGAGAACCCCCCGGUGCACUUCGGCUAUGUUCCAGAGCUUCGUCAUGUACGUCUCUCAUCUUUUGCCAUGGCGUGGCAGGCGCCAUUCGCGCUGAGCGAGUGCCUGUCAAGGAGUGCCAUGAACCUGUCGAAACUGUCUCUCGAUUUUUCCCACCAAAUGAUUUGGAUUCAGCCAGAACAUCCGAAGAACCUUGCUCCCAUAUUUAGAAACCUAGCCUCUGUGUAUCUUUUCGGAAUCUUCCUUGAGUGUGAUCUUAGCUGGACCCUGUUUAUCCUUGAGGCUGCACCUGCCCUACUGAAUAUUGCAUUAUCUCGACAUUCAUGUGUCAAAACGCCCGAGCAUAGUGCCGAGAAGACCAACGUGGUGUGGGAGCCAUCCAAGGAUUUGAAGCACGUGAACUUGAAGCUUCUGUCAAUCUUCGGGUGCGAGGAUGAAGACAAAGUGACAAACUAUAUAAGGCUUGUCAUGGAACGAGCUGUGGGGUUGAAGAGAAUCGAACUGGACAGCGAAUACUUCUGCGAGGACUGCAAUGCCAUUGACCUUGAAAGAUCCAAGGUGCAUAAAGCUAGCAUGCAUCGGAUUAAGGAGCGACUCACACAUGGAUCUUCCUCGUCCGUGGAGAUAAUAAUUGUAUGAUGGAUAUGGUGAAGGAAUGACAAGUCUGGUAGCUCUCGCAUUGCAGCAGCCGGAGUGGUGACUGUGUAUGAUGGACGACAACCAGUCGUAAUUUGAAUUUCUGUAGUUAUUAGUGGCCUGAGAGUACUUGAUUGGUGUGGACCUCGCAAUGUAGUACAGUACUAGCUAAAUUAUUCGUGUACUGCAAUAUGGAUGCAUGCUUCUCUCUUCCAGUUUACCGAUAA